AUGGAAGAAAUUGUCAAGUUGAAUGAAACUACAGGGAGCCAGGUGAUGGAAUUCAUUCUCACUGGCAUCACAAACCGUCCAGAGCUGCAGGGCCCCCUCUUUGUUGUGUUUUUCCUCAACUACAUGGCCACAGCUGUGGGGAAUCUAGGUCUGAUCAUCCUAACCAGUAUUGAUUCCCACCUCCAAACCCCCAUGUACUUUUUUCUUAGGCACCUGGCAUUUAUAGAUCUUGGUUAUUCCACAGCUGUUGGUCCAAAAAUGCUGGUCAGUUUCAUAGUUGAGAAAAACACCAUUUCCUUCAAUGGAUGUGUAACACAGCUAUUUUUCUUUCAGGUAUUUAUUACCAGUGAAGUUUUUAUCCUUUCAGCCAUGGCCUAUGACCGCUUUGUGGCUAUCUGUAAGCCCCUCCUCUAUAUGGUCAUAAUGUCAGACACAGUAUGUUGGAUCUUGGUGGCUAUUUCAUACCUCUGUAGCACCAUAAUAUCCCUAUUGAUCACAAUAAAACUUUUAAAAUCAUCUUUCUGUAAAUCAAAUAUAUUAAGACAUUUCUUCUGUGACAGUCUCCCUCUACUGUCCAUUGUAUGCUCAGACACAAGAGAAAUUGAAUUAAUCAUUAUGAUCUUUGCUGCAUUUAGUUUGGUUUUUUCCCUCUUGAUCAUCUUUAUCUCUUACGUGCUUAUUCUUGUGGCCAUCCUCAGGAUGAACUCUUCAGAGGGCAGGUACAAAGCCUUCUCCACCUGUGGCUCUCACCUCACGGGAGUGGUUGUAUUCUAUGGGACACUUCUCUUCAUGUACCUGCAGCCUCAAUCUAGCCACUCCUUUGAUACAGAUAAGAUGGCUUCUGUGUUUUAUACUAUGGUCAUCCCCAUGUUCAACCCAUUGAUCUACAGUUUGAGGAACAAAGAGGUGAAAGGCGCUUUGAAAAGAGUCUUUCAAAAAUUGAUGUAA